AUGAAAAUGGCUAGCCUCUUAUUUUCCGUAGCUUCAAGGAGCUCCUGUUGGGUUACCCCCGUAGGGCAGAGGAGGUACAAAAGCCACAUAAACUCCGUUUCAAUUUUACAACAAUUUUACAACAGACUACCCAUUCGAAAGAAAUACAUAAAGGCGAUAAAGAAGGGAACGCUGAUAUGGGACAAGGGACAGGUGAAAAUCCCGCCCCUCAAAAUCGAAGGAUACGACCCGCCCAAGAAGUGCCUCUCGCCGCUCGUCAAGAAUAGGAAUUAUCAGUACCGGGGAGGUUUUCAGAAUUUAAAGGCCCACCGGGUGGAAUUCCAAGACUGA